CGGCGGCGCCGUUCGGGUUCUGUUAGCUUGGCAUCGUUGAGAUCUGUUCGCUGAUUUGUGGUGUGCCAGAGGUCUGGGUCGGGAGUGAGGGUCCAUGGCAGUGGCAGCAAUGCAUGAGGACCCUGCACAGGAUUGUAUGGUCUUUGAGGAUGUGGCCAUAUAUUUCUCCCAGGAAGAAUGGGGGAUCCUUAAUGAUGCUCAGAAACACCUGCACAGCAAUGUGAUGUUGGAGAACUUUGCGCUUUUGUCAUCAGUAGGUUGUUGGCAUGGAGCCAAGGAUAAGGAGGCACCUUCCAAGCAAUGUGUUUCUGUAAGAGUGUUACAGGUCACAACUCCAAAGCCAGCUUUAUCCACCCUGGAGGCCCAGCCCUGCAAGACAUGUAGCACACUUCUGAAGGACAUUCUGCACCUGGCUGAGCACAAUGGAACACACCCUGAGCAAGGGCUGUACACGUGUGCAGCAGAGCAUUACCUGCACCAAAAGGAGCAGAUUAGAGAGGAGCUCACUAGAAGUGAUGAGUGGAGGCCUUCAUUUGUGAACAACAGUGUUCACAUGGCAGAGAGGAACUUCACCUGCACACAGAGUGGCAAGGAUUUUACUGCCAGUUCAGACCCUCUCCAGCAACAGAUCUUAAACAGUGGGUGGAAGCUGUACAGGGAUACCCAGGAUGGGGAAGCCUUUCAACAUGAACAGAAUGAUUACAACUCCAGCCAAGGUGGGAAAGACUUUUGCCACCAACAUAAGCUGUUUGAGCACCAAAAAACCCAUACUGGGAAGAGGCCUUAUGAGUCCAGUGAACGUGGGGAAUUGUUUAGGUACAAUUCCAACCUUAUUAAGUAUCAACAAAAUCAUGCUAGAGAUAGGCCUUAUGAAUGCACUGAAUAUGGAAAGACCAUUAUUAGAAAGUCCAACCUAGUUCAGCACCAGAAAAUUCAUAUUGAAGGCUUUCUUUCAAAAAGGGCUGACCCUCUUGAACAUCAGGAGAUUUGUAGUAAACCAACACCUUAUGAAUGCACCCAAUGUGGGAAAGCUUUCCUUACAGGGGCUCAUCUGGUUGGUCACCAGAAAAUCCAUACUGGAGAACAGCCCUAUGAAUGCAACAAGUGUGGGAAAUUUUUUAUGUAUAACUCUACACUCAUUAGACAUCAGAAAGUUCACAAUGGGGAAAGGCAUUAUGAGUGUAGUGAAUGUGAGAAAUUGUUUAUGGACAGCUUCACACUCAGUAGUCAUCAGAGAGUUCAUACUGGAGAAGGGCCUUUUGAAUGCAGCAUAUGUGGAAAAUUCUUUAGUCACUACACCACACUCAAUAUGCAUCAAAGAAUUCAUACUGGCAAAAGGCCUUAUAAUUGUAGCGAAUAUGGAAAAGGCUUUAGCCUCAAACUUGUUGUUCAGCACCUGAAAAUUCACACUGGAGAAAGGCCUUAUGAGUGCACUGAAUGUGGGAAAGCCUUUGUUAGAAAGUCCCACCUAGUUCGGCACCAGAAAAUCCACACUGAAGCAUUUUCAAAAAGAUCUGAUAUUCAACACAAGAAGAUCAACAUCAGGCCAAGGCCUUAUGCGUGUAGUGAAUGUGGGAAGGCCUUCCUUACACAGGCUCAUCUAGAUGGUCACCAGAAAAUCCAUACUGGAGAAUGCCCUUAUGAAUGCAAUGAAUGUGGGAAAUUGUUUAUGGACAACUAUAAACUUAUUAUUCAUCAGAGAAUUCACACUGGAGAAAAGCCUUAUAAAUGUAGCAAAUGUGGAAAAUUCUUUAGAUAUCGCUGUACACUGAGUAGACAUCAGAAAAUUCACACUGGAGAAAGACCUUAUGAGUGCAAUGAAUGCGGGAAAUUCUUUAUGGACAACUACAAACUUAUUAUUCAUCAGAGAAUUCACACUGGAGAAAAGCCUUAUAAAUGCAGCAAAUGUGGAAAAUUCUUUAGAUAUAACUGUACACUGAGUAGACAUCAGAAAAUUCACACUGGAGAAAGACCUUAUGAGUGCAGUGAAUGUGGGAAAUUCUUAAGGGAUAGCUACAAACUCAUUAUUCAUCAGAGAGUUCACACUGGAGAAAAGCCUUAUGAAUGCAGCAACUGUGGGAAGUUCCUUGGAUACCGUUCUACAUUAAUUAAACAUUAUAAAGUUUGCACUGGGGAGAAGCCUCAUGAGUGCAGUAAAUGUGGGGAAUUGUUUAGGACCAAAUCAAGCCUUAUUACACAUCAGCAAUCUCACACUGGAGAAAGUCCUUUUAAGUUAAGGGAAUGUGGGAAAGACUUCAGCAGCAAAUGUAAUACUGGUCAGCACCAAAAAAAUCACAAUGGAGAAAGGUUUUAUGAGUGUGGUGAAUGCAACAAAGUGUUUAAAUACAACUCCAGCCUCAUUAAACAUCAGAGAAUUCACAGUGGAGAAAGGCCUUAGUGCAAUGAAUGCAGGAAAGUCUUUAACCAAAACUGUCACUUCAUUAAGCACCAAAAAGUUCAUAUCAGAUAAAGAACCUAUUAAUAUAUAUAAAUUUAAUGUUGAGAGUUUAGACAAAUCUGCAAGGAUUUCCUGCUGGGAACUACGUUAAGAACAUUUGUAAUUGUGGCAAAAUACAGGUAACUUAAAAUCUACCAUCUCAACCCAUAUUUAAAUGUACUGUUCAGUAGUGUUAAGUCAUUCACAUUGUUGUCAAUUAAUAUCCAGAAGUUUUCUCAACUUAAACUAAAACAUUAAACCCUUUAACCAGGGAUCCACAACCCCCAGGCUGCAGAUUGGUACCAACUCCAGACUGCCCCGGUUGCAGACUGUUAGGAACCAGGCCAGCAUUACCACCUGAGCUCUACCUCCUGUCAGAUCAGUAGCAGCAUUAGAUUUUCAUAGGAGUACAAACCCUAUUGUGAACUGUGCAUGUGAGGGGUUUAGGUUGUGUGCUCCUUAUGAGAAUCGAAUGCCUGAUAGGAUCUGAGUUGGAACAGUUUUAUCCUGAAACUAUCCUCCCCCUCCUCUGUCCCUGCUGGUCUGUGGAAAAGUUGGCUUCCAUGAAACCAGUUUCUGGUGCCACAAAGGUUGGGGACCGCUGCUUUAAACCACUCUUCAUUCCCUACUCCACCCACCCCCUGACAACCACUCCUGUAUCAAUUUUACUACUGUAAAUACUUCGUAUGAGAAAACUUAAGUUUUAGACUUC